AUGGUUACCAAAUUAACCUAUAAAGUUGUGUAAAAGUCUAAUAGAUUUCCAAAAAUGUCCAGUGCUAAGUCCGGAAUUUUCUGCUCAAUCCAAAAGUUUCGCCAAUUAUCCUCUUUUCGUAGAGGCAUAACUGGCGGGAGGGUCAUGUACACGAAACCUUCGCAGAGUGAACCCAAAUCUAAUGUAGCAGCUGUACCUGGACUCAGUGGAAAUGUAGUACAGGUGAUUCAGGAACCAGUAGGCCCUGGAGCUGGAAAAGCGACCAACUACAAAAAUCCUGAAUAUUUUUGCUACAAUAACACCAGUUAUUUUGAAGCUGAAGUUGAAAUGUUGAAAUACAGAUGCCCACAACCAUCCAGCAAAAAGUAAACCUAAUAUUUGUCAGAUUAUUUAAAUAUAUUAGUUGUAAAUAGCAA